AUGUUAACGAAAUAUGCCAGUCGAAUUAUAAGUUCAAAUCAAUUGCAUCAGCUGUUGGUGGUUGGAAUUCCACAAUGGGUAGUUGAUAUUCGACAUGGUGCAACUCAUUCGCAUCUUCCACCGUUAGAAAGUUUACGCCAAGCAGCGACAUAUUGUCGAAAUUGGCUUUGGGAGCAUCACUGGUCAAGACCAGUAGCCGAGGCUAUUGGGCUAAAUUUAAAUAUUCAGAAUGCGAAUGAUGAAAAUGAACUGCAAAAGGAAGCCGCUUACUUAAUUGACCGAUUCAUGCUUCAUUCUUUACAACAGAAGAUAUUGACGAAAAUGGAGACAUUCAUCAUGUUGCACCCUUGGGAAUUCUUGGGAGCAUUUUUACAGGAAGGUUAUUUAAUUUUAAACGCGAAGCAAAUUAAAUCAAUUGAUUGUAAUUUAUUUUCAGAAAAUGAGGAUAUAUGGAUUAUCCCAGAAGAUUUGCAGCUUUUCUGGAAGCCAAUCUUUCAUUACUUGAAUGAAGCGAAAAUGUUACCCGAGUUACUUUUCCAGCUUCUUGAAACUACAUCAGACGGUGAAAUACAACCGAUACGGAAAAGACAACUAGUUGGAUGGAGUGACCGAAUGUUAAUUGCAUAUGUAGAAUCAAACGUUUUAACUCAAUCUGAGUGGGAAAGAAUUUUGAAAGCGAUGAUGUUGGCUCCAAAAGAAUUAAGAGAAGUCUAUUUUGAUAAAGUUUUGGUAAAAAUUGAAAAAAUGACAAAGAAAGAGCAGGACGCUUUGAGACAGCUAGUAGUUCUGUCAUCGACAAAGACAAUUGCCUCAGAAAAAUCAGUAUCUCAGGAUCCCUCCAACAUCGCUGCAUCAUCUUUCAAAACUGUCGAAGACUUGCGAAAAUUAAUGAUGCAGAAAGAAAAUGAAAAACAACCAGAAACAAGAGAUUCAAGCAAUACACAUCGUUGGUCAACCUGUAAUCCAUUGGAAUGGAAAGGUAUACCACUCGGGUUAACACCUGAGCAAAGUACUGAAUCCUUAUAUCUGGUUGUUGAACCUGAAGUGACGCGAGUGUGGAAACGUCAAUGUGUUGCCUAA